AAGGGAACUUACUGGCCGUGUUCGUUCCACUCCUGGACGCCGUCUGCACCAACCCGUCGCGCUACGGAGAGCCGGCUCUCCUUACGGCAGCCACGCUCUCCCUCGCCAAGUUCAUGACCCUCAGCCCCCAGCUCUGUGAGUCUCGCCUGCGGCUGCUGUUCACGGUGCUGGAGAGAAGUUCCCUGCCGGGCGUCAGAGCCAACACGAUGGUGGCCCUGGGCGACCUGGCGUUCAGAUUCCCCAACCUGCUGGAGCCGUGGACCGCCCACCUCUACGCCAGGCUGAAGGACGACUGCGCCGUGGUGAGGUCUUGCUCCCUGCGAGUGCUCGCUCACCUCGUGGUGAGCGACAUGGUGAAGGUACGGGGACACAUCUCCAACGUAGCCGCUCUGCUCGUCGACAAGGACCCCUCCAUCGCCUCGCAAGCUAGAGCGUUCUUCACGGAGCUCGCAAAGAAGGACAACGCUCUGUACAACGCCUUGCCAGACAUUGUGAGCCGCCUCUCCGAUCCAGAGGAGGGGAUUGCAGAGGAACCAUUCCACACCGUCAUGCGGCAGCUGUUCAGCUACAUCCAGAAGGACCGCCAGGUGGAGAGUUUGGUGGAGAAGCUUUGCCAUCGCUUCCGGACCACCAGCUGCGAGCGGCAGUGGAGGGAGCUCGCCUUCUGCCUGGGCGAGCUGCCGUGGGGCGAGCGAGCCACACGGAGGCUCCUGGACAACUUCUCCUGCGUGUCGGACAAGCUGGCGGACCCGCGACUCUACACGGCCCUCACAGCCGCCACCCAGCGCCAGCGAAAGGCGGGAGGGGCCACACGCCCAGAGCACAAGGCUCUGCUGGAUGAGCUGGAGGAGCGGCUGGACCUGGCCCACAGGAAGGGUCUGGAAGAAGGGGGGCAGCCCCCACCCCUGUCCCCCUCGCGGCCCCUCCCCCACAGUCAAGAGGGGGAGGAGGAGGAGGGGGGGAGGGGCAGCAAAGCAGCCAGAUCCGGUCACCGUGCCCGCCCCCACAAGCCUCGGCAACGGCGCGCGGCGCUGGAGUGGGACAGCGACCUGGAGAACACCCCACCGCUGAGGACGCGGGGGGAGGGGCCGGCGUCUCGGGGGGCGAGGGGAGGGGCCACCCCCUCCGGCCCCGCCCGGCGAAGUCAGAGGACGCCGAGGGACGAAGCACAACCUCGUUACACGGAGGAGGAGCAGGAAGACGGCAGCAGCGACGACGACUCAACGGAUUCAUCGAUGCCUCCUCCGCCUCCUCCACCUACUCGAAGCAAGAACCCCGCUCAGCCAAGAGCUGGGCGACGAGGCGGUGGAGGAGGAGGAGGCGGCAAGACGUCGGUCAGCGCCAGGAUCCAGCGCAAGUGAAGGAAUCCACGGUGGGGGUGGCAGCGUGCCACGGAUCUCGUAGUGCCUGGGUUCGAGCCCUGUGUCUGAGUCUCUCUCUCUCCGAGUCUCUCUCAGAGGGGGUGUCGCUUGUUGAUUUGUAGCCAAAACGUUUUGUGUUCAAAUAAAAUCGUCUUUAAACGUA